CCCUAAUAACAACAGGUAAUGUAAAAUAUGUUGCCUUUCCUUUGCCCUUACUAUUACCUAUUAUUAGGUGCAAUGGUCAAACCAUUCCAAGUUUAUCCAUGCAUGUAGAGAAGGCUCACAGCUAUGGUGUGAUGUCGGUUCUCUGUCAACUGUCAAUGUCUAUACCAGCAUUGGUAUAGACAUUGACCAACAGAAUCACGUCUAUAUCAGGGACAGACAGAAUUACGUCUAUAGCAGGGACAGACAGAAUCACGUCUAUAUCAGGGACAGACAGAAUAACAGCCAUCUAGCAUCAUGAGCAAAACCUAUGACCUCACUAUUAUCUACGACCUUACCUUCACCUAUUUACACUAUUUUUGGCUUGUCGUUUAGUACCACCAAAAGGAGUGAAGCAAGAAUAUUCUUCUAAGGGUCCUGCAAUGACAUGGAUAAAAAAGCAGAAGAUAAACCUCACUGAGUGCUUUCAGACAGAUGCAAACUUCAUCCUUCAAUAUCUACAUUCUCACAACAUUGUCACAGACAGAGAAUACAAUAGGCUCAAUGAUGCCACUCCCCAAGAAAAGGCUGUCACAGACAUGAUUGAUGUGAUCAUUGGCAAAAAUGAGGAAAAAUGCAAUGAGUUCCAUGAAAUACUGAAGCUUGAUAAAAUAAUGGAGAAUUAUCCAAAUCUUCAUAAGUUCAUAGGGGUUGAAAGUCCAACUGAGCCUAAGACAAAAGGCACCUCUUCUAUUUUAGAUGCACUCGGCUUCUUAAAAGAAAACCGCAGUCAACUAGUCAGCAGAGUUAAAAACAUAGAGCCCAUUCUGGACGACAUGCAGGGCAAGGGCUUCCACCCUGAGAUGGUCGCCACGGUGAGCGCCCAGCCGACACCACAACUCAUGAUGAGGAAGCUUCUGGAAGCUACCAACAGCACCAUAGCAGCUGAUAUGUUGGUCACUGCCCUUCUCCAACAUGAACCACACCUCAUGGAGGACUUGAAGUAAACUGAACAUCAGAAUCAUAAACCUUGUGUGCCAAAUAUCAUCCCAUGUGCUGUUUAUUCAGUUAACAAAAGGCCAGUCUCUGAUGGUCCAGAUCCUACAUGUAUAGCCACCAUAUGAUAUCAGUUGAAUGUAUGUCAUUUUGACAGGGAAAAAACAUUUGUUGUUUUAAAUAAAUAAAUAAAAAAUUCCAGAGCACCUUCUUGAACUUUUGUUGGAAAUUUAAAAGUUAGAAACACACCGUCUACACAAAACAGAAUUGUCUCAAACAAUUAUGCAGGUGGUUAUUUAAUGACAGUGUAGUGAUUUGCCCUAUUGUGAAUAAGAACUGUCAAGAAGGACAAGAAUCCAACCAAGAGGAACAAGCUUUGCUUGAACCACUAGAGGACACCAGAGACUAAGAUUUGUUUCUGAAUGUUUCUGUUUCAGAUUUUGCUGUUCAGGCCCAAAACUUGGAGCAUAUUGCAUCAUGUUGUACAGGUAUGUACUACAUGACUGGAUUAGGAUGCACUGAUCAGGUGGGGUUUCCUGAACAGGUUCUGACAUCUAAUAAGGCAUCCUUCCACUUCCCUAACCUAACUUGGCAGAUGGUUUAUUACACAUAAUCUUACCAAUUACCAUCUGACAAGUUGUUAUUGGAAACUGUUUGGGAAAGGGCAGGCAUUAAAAAAAAUACUUGGCAGGUGAUUGGAUGAACAAUCUGACUAUCACCGCCUAUCCCUGGCUAACUUCAACCAUGCCCAUAGCUACCAAUAGUUCUUCACAGAUUAGUCCGAACCACUCUGGUUUGACCACAAACGGACAACUUGGAGAUUGGCAAGAUGGAUUCUCGCGUGGUUGUGUUCUUGAAAAUCCAGCUGUCUCCUAAGGUUACCACUUCCCACCACUUUAAGUAACCACUGAACUAACUACAUAGUAUCAAGAGUCACUCACUUACUUGGCCUUGUCAGAUUUGCCAGUGCCUCAAGGAAGGGAAGGAGACAAUUAUUUUUAAAUGUUUCAUAGACACAACCUAGUUUAGGAAGCCAUUUUACUUGUUUACAUGCUGCUGUACAACAAUUGGGUUGACUAGGUCGAUCAAAAACAGUAUUGUAUACCACUCCAUACAGUGCAAAAAUGUGAGAAAUGGUUAUGACCCUGAAAAAGCUCUCAUAUUGCAUUUUAGGUCAACAGUUCCCCCAAUUAUUUAUUUUUGAAUUCCAGUAAUGUACAUGCCCUAAGCGAAUCCCCCAGAUGCCGGAUGUCCAUGUCUGUUAUGUGGAUGACAAACAGAACACAUCCAAAGUUCAUAAAGCAAGCUUUCUCAGGACUUACUAAAUGAACUGGACUAUCAAGUUGACUCUUAUAACCAAACACAGAGUCCUAUUUCAGCUGCAGGUCUGCCCCCUCGCCCUCUGCAUGGCAAAGUCGAGAACUGGGAAAUCAAUCAGGGUGGUGUGGAAUGUCAAGCUUCUCGGCCCGGUGGAUUAGAUCACUAAGUGAAACAAGUUGACGCCGAUGUUGCAGGUGAGUGGCUAGGUCAGGGCUGGCCGGGCAAGCAGUGUUUCUGCUGCCUGUGUUUCAGGACACCAGCCAGGUCCAGGAAGGGUGUGAUUGAGAUAGGGCGAGCGGUGUUUCUGCUGCCUGUGUUUCAGGACACCA